AUGGGCACCGGUGCUUCAGCUGCGGCAGCUCUCCCUCUUCCAGAUGCUCCUGCCAUGUCACAAGACGAGUACGUCAAGGAACACCACAAGUUCUGGGAAGCCUACAAGGACGCACAAUGGAAGGAAGCCUACAAGUACAUGGCUUCGCAAACCACCGCUGGCGCCUUCACUGCUCUCGGCGAACGCAACUAUGAGAAUUGCGUACGAUUCGCUGUGGGAGCAAUUGGCCACACGCAAGAGAGCCCCAAAGACAUAGAAGAAGCUGCGGCAGUGCUUUGCCGGAGCGUCGAAGUGGCCAAGUGGCCAGCCACAAAGGCCGCAAGCUUCCUGAUGGAUCACCCGAAGAGGACAGAAGUCCUGGAAGUAUUUUUGAAGUCAGUGUCCCCAGAGUUCGCCGAAAAAGCUCCAGAGGCUCAAGCGGAGCAGCUCCUGGCAGCCAUUGACGGCGAAGCCAAGGCCUUUGGUGCCGUGGUCUUGUCCGUGGCCCGGGCCUGCCUUGCAGAGGGUGCGGAAGAGAAGGCUUUGACGCUGCUGGAGAAGUAUUUGCGGCUGCACAAGGCGCCAGAUGUCUAUGAUGCCGGAGAUUUGUUGGCUCUUUGGUAUGCAUUGAAAUGGCGGAGGUCGGGGAAGAAGCCACGGCACGUGGGCAAGGUAGCUGUGGUCCUGUUGAAGAGGUCCCACAUGAAAGUAGUUGUGGAUGAUGAUGGAACGGAGCUGGAUGGCGGUGUCGCCAGCUGGGACGAGAACACUCUCAAGACUCUGACUGUGCCGGACAUCAUCCGGGACUGGCGGCUUUUUAGUGAUGCUAUGUGCUUUUUGACCGACGGUGCGGUUGGCUUCGAGCCCAUUGUGGUGGAAGACUGCUGGGAUGUGCUGACCAAGGCCCACAACCCAUUCUGGGAUUCCAAGUAUAAGCGCUGCAUUUCCCACACGGACUUCGGAGCACCGGACUUCGUGUCGGCCCUAGAGACAUGGGAAGAAGGCUACAUCAAGGAGAGCAGAGAGGGAGGAGACUCAGACAUUCUGGCCUUCCAUAUCUUGUUUCCUGCCGGCCGGCCCCCAGAGGCCAAGGUGAACAUCACCGUCGGGGGCAUCGCUGCAGGCACCAUCGGGCACCGAGCUUUCAAGGGGAGGCCGGCCUACCAGGACGAGGGCCUUUUGUGGACCCGCCAUCAUCGGCUCUUUUGGCUUUUCCACGAGACACAUCACCUUUAUGAGGGCCACUUUCAAGACCGUUUCGAUUUCGCAAAGCUUAUCAAGAAGACUGACCAUCCCAUGUUUCAGCUGGAGAACUGGAUGGAAGAGUUUAGAGGCGGCAAUGAUUUUUUUCCAGGUGGGCACUGGCUCGGUGACACUGAGUUCGACUGGUAUGUGCAGACCAUCACUCGACGUUUAGCUCCCAUGACCGACCCCACCUUGGGAGAACACUGGAGAUCCUGGUGGGGUGGACGUGAAGCCGGAGAAGAAGGUGCAUACCAUGAUUUCGUCACUGAACACCAGGCCAUGUGGAAUGCCAGUGUUCAAGAGGACUGGGAAACCGUCUGUGAGCUUUCACAGUCCCAGCUCAGGCCAAUGUCCUUAAAGCGACUUGGGGAGCAUAACUACCGCAAUGUUGUGACGAUGUCAGUGCGUGGGCUGACAUCUACUGGCAAGUCCCUGGACGGCCCGGUGCUCGAUGUGCUGCGCAAAGGCAUGGAAACUUUGGAUUACCCAGAGGAGCGCGCCGCAGAGCUAAUCCAUGGCAUCCCGCCUGAAAAGGCUGAAGAGCUGAAGUGGCUUUUUGCAGGUCUUGACAAGGCGAAAAAGAAGACGCAACCAAAGCUCCAAAGAAAGAAGUCUAAAGCAAUCAGCAUCGUUGACGACCAUCAUCAGAUGUGGGAGGCCUACCGAGCGCAGGAUUGGGAAGAGGUCUUGGAGCACAUAGAAACUCAAGUUACCGCCGAAGCGCGGGAACGCCUGGGGGAUGCAAACUUCCACAACUGUUUCGUUAUGUCAUUCGCUGCCCUUGGAAACGGGAAAGCUAGCCCGAAAGACGUCGACGACGCUGUGGCGUUGCUCCGCCGAGGGAUGGACUUAACUCAGUGGCCACUGAGCCUCUUCGAGCAGUUGUUGUCUGGCCAUCCCAAAAAGUAUCAAGUGCUCAGGGACUUUGUGCCAGAUGAUGAUGUGGAAGGCCUCUACCAUGAUUUCGUCACUGAACACCAGGCCAUGUGGAAUGCCAGUGUUCAAGAGGACUGGGAAACCGUCUGUGAGCUUUCACAGUCCCAGCUCAGGCCAAUGUCCUUGAAGCGACUUGGGGAGCAUAACUACCGCAAUGUUGUGACGAUGUCAGUGCGUGGGCUGACAUCUACUGGCAAGUCCCUGGACGGCCCGGUGCUCGAUGUGCUGCGCAAAGGCAUGGAAACUUUGGAUUACCCAGAGGAGCGCGCCGCAGAGCUAAUCCAUGGCAUCCCGCCUGAAAAGGCUGAGGAACUAACGAAACUUUGGAGCAAAAAGGCAUGA